ACGCCCAAAUGAUGAACCACGAGACGGAUCUACAAGGAAGAAUAUACAGCGCAUAACAGUAGGUGCAUAACACACUGCAUUUCUGUGGCAUCAUGGGGGUUCACGGACUUACGAGUUUUGUGGAAGGAAAUCGUCAGUUCUUCACAGAUAUGAGACUGCGAGACUGCCGCCUUGUGAUUGAUGGGUGUAGCUUAUAUUUUCGAUUAUAUUUCAACUCUGGAUUGGAUCAGGCACGGGGUGGAGACUACGACACGUUUGUGGUGUUGGUUCGACAAUUUUUUGCAGCACUUUCUGAAUGCAGCGUGCAGCCGUUCGUCGUGUUAGAUGGUGGAAUGGACCAGACAGACAAGAAGUUCAAGACACUACAGGAAAGAGCCCAAAGCAAGAUUCGAGAGGCUAAUGCUCUUUCCCGAGGAUCGCACGGUUGCGUUCUCCCUCUGCUUGUAUGUGAAGUCUUCAAACAGGUCCUUUCAGAGCUUGGCAUACCUUUAGUUCAAUGCAUUUCCGAAGCUGAUUUUGAAAUAGCCUCUCUUGCCAAACACUGGGGAUGUCCAGUUCUGACCAAUGACAGUGACUUCUACAUCUUCGACCUUAAAGGUGGCUACCUACCGUUUUCAUUCUUCCAAUGGAAUAACGUCAGCGGUAUGGCUACAGAACGCUACAUCCCUGCACGCCAUUUCACCGUGAACCGCUUCUGCUCACAUUUCAACCACAUGAACAAGCAGCUCCUCCCUCUAUUUGCUGUUGUCAUCGGGAACGACUACACACCUGCUAAAAUAACCGAGAUUUUUUUCAGCCGCGUGGAAUUCGAAAGAGCACCCUCCGGUCGGAAGUAUGGACGAAGUUCCAGUCCUCGAGUCGAGGGCUUUUUGCUCUGGCUGUCACAGUUUACCAGCCUAGUAGAUGCUCUGGACGAAGUCCUGGAGAUUUUGGGUGAACAACGGAAAGGAACCUUACGUACGCAGCUCUCCGCAGGAAUGCAGGACUACCAGCUUCCUCACAGUAGCAGUUUGGCUCAAUACUUCUCAAGUCCCCAACCUGCACUUCCAGAUGCCCAGGGGCUCCCAGCAGCACUGGUUUCUCAACCCAAAUGGCUUUUAAGGAUGGUUGCAUCAGGUAGGCUGUCGUCCUUUGUCUUGGAUGUGCUUGUACACCAGAAGGUUCUGUUGGUUGCACAGGUGGAGAAUAGUCAUUUGCCUAGCAGUCAUACAAGCUCACUGAGUAUCCGAAAGACCAUCUACAGCCUUCUGCUUGAAAAGGGAAGACAGGAUAGUCAGACGCCACAGGGAGUCACCGAUAGAGGAAGAGGAAGGGGAAGACAAUCUCAGGGUAAAGGAGGACAGCAAUGUGACAUCCCAUGUGUUGAUGAGUAUGACAGACAAGAACUUAAUCUCAAGAAAAACACAGUGGAGGCUCACCGACCCAACUGUGUGCCACAGCUGACUCUUGCAGCAGUUGACAAGGCGUCUACACAAGUGAGGCUGCAGGUGUUGUUGGGAACACUCGGUGUGAUGGACAGUGUUUUACAGCCUUUACCCCCUCAUCUUUGCCUUCCUGUGUGUGUGACGUAUUUCUGGAUGAACAACUGUAAACCAAAGCCCAGUCAUCCUCUACUGCAGGCCAUAUUAUUGGGACUGGUGUACGGGGAACUCAGCUGGAGAAGAGCCCAUCCUAAUGACCCACUAUUUGGCAGCAAAGCUUCUGCUUCUGUAUGUCAGAGAUUAUCUCAGCUAAGGGUCAAUCCAGGACAAAGGAGGGGCCUUGAUCUGGGUUUGGCCCAUUUGCUCAGCCAGUGGCAGUCAUGUAUGUGGGUGGCGUUGUUCCUGAACCAGUUACUGUGCUUCCCGCUACCUGAACCUCAAUGUGCCUGGUAGGGUUUGGCCAUAAAACAAUCCCAGUGAAAUAUUUCGUAGUUCUCA